CAUCGUUGGGCGGAGAAAUUGGUCUCCAUAAUAAGGGAUACCAGCUUAAUUCUUCCACAACUCGCUCGUAUGUUAACGAACUCUUAAACGCCCAAAAGUCAGAACGUAUAAAAAGGCAUAGCUGCAUUAGAACACAACUAGUAUCAGAAGAAGUGCAUUCGAGUGCAUAGUGAAUAGUCAUCAAACAAACUCAAGAAAAAAUGUUUCUAAAAGUGUUUUCAUUAGCACUUGUGCUAAUAAGUGUAACCACCGCAUUACCAGCCAUCGCAGUUGAACCCAACAGUCCACCAGUACAAAUUCCAGCAAAUAUGGUAGUAGCCCAACCUAGAACCUUCAGCACUUUAGGAUCACUCUUCGGAGGAGGUUACAGCACAGCAUAUAGAUACCCUGAGGGCCACCGGGGUUAUCCCAACUAUGGAUCUGCCUAUUCUGGUAGCAUAUACGGCGGUAAUCCAGCAUCCGUGGUACCCCAACAAGUGGUACCCGCUUACUCAGGAGGGUAUGGUGGUUACGGAUGGCGUGGUGGUUCAGACAAUCGUGGAUAUGGUCAACAAAGUGGAUGGGCCAAUCAGGCAACCAGUGGAUGGUCAGGAAAUUACGGAAGAUAGUCAUUUUUAUCAAACGUAUCAAUAAGACUGCAUAAAUACCUAUUAUAGCAAUAACAAUUACGUCAUGGAAAACUAAACAUAAAUUGACCUAUUGUACUUAAUUUGGGAUUUACAUAUUGUUCAAGUAAUAAAAGUUGUUGAAGGUGUGCGUAAUAAAAGUGUUUUGAACGCUCA